GGCACCUCUACGUAUAACCAUAAUGCAUUCAGCGCUGCGUAGUACUUUAACGAAGAGAGCAAGAGUGACGUGAAGUUGAGAAGUGAGAAAAAAAUUUUUGAAGAUAGCCCUAGCAAGCAGGGUGCUGUUAUUAAGGAUCACAAUCUACAGCACUCUUUCUCUUUGUCUAAAGAGUCAUUUUAAGAAACCAAAAAUGCUUGAAGACGAUUUUGACGACCUCUUGGGCGGCGCUGAUGUGGCCGACCCGUCGCAGGCGGACAGAGCGCGCGCCGAAGAAGACGCGGAAAUGUUGCGUAGGAUGGCGGACAAGCAGAAGCAGCAAAAACAGGAAAAAAUGCUUGAUCUGGAACUGCCCGCUCCGACCGUGAUGUCAAUCGCGAUGGACGACGGGACGCCGGUCCACAGCGACGACGAGCAGAAGCAGAGGAACAGAGAAAAAAACGGUAGGUCGCCGGCGUUGGAUGGCGGGCUCGAUUCUUGGUACAGCAUGGACGACGCAAAAGCAAAUUCGGCGGCCGCGACAAGGAUGCUGAACCACAGCACCAGUGACCCGCCUGUUCUUCCCGCCGGAGGACCACUCGACGGGAAAAAUGUUGGGAACAACGUAAGCACCGGGUUACUGUCGUCCACUACUUCAUCUACGUCUGCGACCCUUCCGCGCCCUCCGAAUUCUUUGGCACCGGUCGGCAGCGGCGGACAUGAAGAGCUCAUUCCUUCCAUCACAUCGCAACCACCAAGUGUGGCGUCUGUCGAAGCUAGCCGCACCACCAGGAUAACGAACCUGCUAAGUGGUGCCGGCAGCUCGGGUCCGACUUCGUAUCCUACUUCAAUAGCCGCAGGACCCAUUGAUGGGUCACGAACGAGAAUUGGAGGUGCUGAUCCGUUGCCAGGACAACCAUCUGGUGCUGCAGCCAACAACGUGAUUGUGGAGGAAGAUGCUGACGUCGACCCGUUCGCGGAGAUCAUCCCGCUGGACAAGCUAAAAUCCGGAGCCCUCGCGGCCAAGUCUUUCUUCGAUUGGAGCUUUUCCGCCGUGAAAGAAUCAGACGCCGUGAAAACCCUUUCGGCGCAGGCCGGGAAAGUGCAAGAGGACUGGAUGAAGAGCGAGGUACUUACGUAAAUUUUACGUGCAGUCAUGGUUAACGAUCCGUGUAGGGAUAGUACCUUUUCAUUUUCUGUCGCAGGUCGUUUCUCUAAGACCCUGUUUAUGGUCGCGCAUAGAUAACAAUUCCCUCGUACUGAGGUGCGCACUGCAUUACGUCGAGGACGACACUUUUCUUUCAGAAACAAAUCUACCAUCAACUAGGUCCGCGCCGGACUCGCCGAGACUGGCUCGGUGGUGCAAGAGGGACUCCACGAAAUCAAGCAAGAUUUUAAGUCCGUGGCGGAGGAUAUGUCCACGUCGACCUCGGCGAUUCAGGAACAGUUGCAACCAACCUGGGAGGCCAGUAAAACGGGGCUGAAGAAAUUCGCCACCUCUGCUGCCACCGCCGCGAUUUGGUUUCAGUCGAUGGGACGGGGGAUGGACGGAAUGAGCAGUGACGAAGAGAUGCACGCGGCGGGGCCACGACCAGGCGCUAGUGCUGCAACGGGUCAUCUGCAUAGGGCGAAAGAUGGCGUGGCUGCAAACACCGGAACCUUUAGCGGCAGUAGUACGUCAAGCACGACGUCGUCCAGUGGGAGCGGAGAGCUGGGAGGGGAGCAAGGCACGGUUCUUCCAGGGGCUCAGAGUGCGCCUGUGCAAGACAGAGCCAUGUUUGAUCUGUUUUAAAUGCGUGUGGUGAAAGAAGCGGGCCCUUCCACUUCGCAUGGCUAGUAGGUGGCGGUGAUGAAGAUCAUUUUUUUAAAAUUCAAAACUAGACGAAGCAGGUAAUUUGUUGCAAACUAAAUCUAACGCCGCGUUUUUCGACAUAAUCAACAAUCAUUGCCGAUACACUUGAUUUCGUUCUGUAUCCGUGCUGCAGAAUUUCAGAGUUCUGCUCUAAAUUCAAAUCGAUCAGAACUGAACAAUGAUUGAAAUCGGACAGAAUCACCUGCACCACCGUGAUCCCUGGAAGUAUC